GCUGAGAUUGGGCGAGCUCAUCAGAGUUGGCAACAGCAGGCCAGUUUCACACUCCAGUUCCGCCCCCUCCCCCCAACGCCCUGCAAACUCGCUGAGGUGGUUUCCUGCCGACUUCUUUUCGUUACGGCACUGCCAAGUACAGGGGUGAAAGGUCAUGAAAAUGGCGCUGGCCGCUCGCUUGCUUCCGCGCUUUCUGUUCUCCCAGGCCCUAUCUGGGGGGUGCUCCCGACUCCGGACUUGCGGUGCGGCCCAAGUGAGGCCACCGUUGACUGGACUCUGCUGUUUAUGUCGCCGCCGCCUCGGCUCGGGGGCGGCUUGGUUUCCUCGCGUAGCUUGGGCUGAGGCGGCUUCGGCGCUGCCUGCUAGGAGCCCCGGGUGCCGCCUACUCAGCCCUCCGGGAUGCCCCGCAGCCCUGGCUUCGGUCCUUGCCCGCCCUCGGCGCAGCUACAGCACCGAGGAGCAGUCCCAGCCGCGCCAGAAAACCAAGAUGAUCGUCCUGGGAGUCUCAAACCCCAUCACCUGGCUUCGGACUCGAAUUUACUCCUUCCUUAUCUGGGCCUAUCUCGAUGAAGAGUUUAGCAUCGGAGAAUUCUCUAAGGGAGCAAAACAGGCUUUUGCUUAUGUGUCAAAUUUGCUGUCACAGUGUAAAUUUGAUCUUUUGGAAGAACUUGUGGCCAAAGAGAUGCUGCAUGUGUUGAAAGAAAAGGUUCCUUCACUGCCUGACAACCAUAAAAAUGCUCUUGCUGCUGACUUAGAUGAAAUCGUAUACACAUCUACAGGAGAUAUCUCCGUUUACUACGAUGAAAAAGGAAGGCAGUUUGUUGACAUCCUGAUGUGCUUUUGGUAUCUAACCAGUGCCAACAUCACCAGUGAAAAUUUAAGUGGAGCCGGUGUAUUCCAGGUUAAGUUGGGACAUCAGGAGGUGGGAACUAAGAAACUUCUUAGUGCAAGCUAUGAAUUUCACAGGGAGUUUACAGAAGGAGUAAAGCCUGAUUGGACCAUUUCACGGAUUGAACACUCAAAACUCUUAGAUUAAUCUUUCUUGGAAAAAUCAGCUUAUGGACUUUCAGUAAUUGCUAUGAAAAACUAAGGAAGAAAAUCUUUUGGAUCAUUUGAUCUUCACUCAAGUUUGUGAAUUACUUUUGCUUUAUUUUGAAAUACUGUUUGCAGUAUAUUGGCAUGAUACAAUAAAGCAUUUUCCGCUGA